AUGUCAUACUGGUAUGGUAAGGUUGCCGAGAUAUAUCUAAAGUCUGGUACACAGGACGUAUGGCUCGAAAUACAGUGGUAUUACAGACAGAUAGACUUGCAAGAUGAGGACAUCGAUCUUUCAGCUUGUGUGGGUGAAUACGAGCUCGUUCUCAGUGGUCAUAAAUCUGUAGUCGAUAUGUCCUGUGUAGAGGGUGAAUCUUUUGACAUUCCUGCACGGUUAAAUGAUUUCAUUGACAUUGACAUUGGUGGACCAUUUGCAGAUCACGCCAAUAUCUUGCAGUACGACGAAGGGGAUAUAUCACAACCACAGAUAUCAGUUGGUACACUUUACACUCGGUGGACCAUAGAUAUACAGUUCUCAAGGCAUGGUCGUACUUUGUACAUAGAAGGGGUGAACAUACGGAACUCUCAGACAGCCACCAGAUGUGGAUGCAAUCGAUGCGGUCCCGCAUUUUCCUCCCCAACUACUGUCCAGCGAUAUUGCAGGAAAUGUUGUCACUGGAUCAACGAGAAAUGUCUUUCCACUCUGGGAAAUUCCCUGGGUUGCAAUGUAAAGGCAGGCCUGCCGUCCAUUUACAGUCAUGUGGACUUUGACCCGCAGUUUCUAUCACUUUUGACCAUGCCGAUUCGACGAGGGGGAUCAUGUGGGAUUGUUGGAAAUGCACUGAUAUUAAGAAAGGGACAGGAACUUGUGGAGGAGGCCAGAACCCUUGGACGACUGCCUCAUGAAUGGAAGGAAAACGUACCACAAGCCAUGCUGCCCACUGGCGAUGAGACUAUACCUAGAUACUACUGCCUGAAUUGUAAGACAGCGAUCACCCCCAUGCAUCCAUCCUGCGACCUUAUUGAAUGGAACGUGCGCGACGUGCAACAGUUGCUCAAAGUUAAGGGGACCAUCCAAGACAUUGAUGGAGAGUGUUCACUGAAGGUCACUGGAAAUUCUCGCAGGUCAUGCCUGAUAGCUCCACAUUAUCGUCUUCCAUUAUAUGCACUCAACAAGAAAAUUGGAAUAUACAGAAAAGUCAUCGAACAUCUACACAAAUCAAAGAGCAUCAAUGCUGCCACAUUGCGAGACACCUAUGCGUCUGUCAUGAAAUAUCUCACCGAUGUACGCGUUGCGUUUUUGGAUGAUGCUGCUGCAUCUUCAAGUCCAACAAAUAGCGACUUUAGAUCUUCUACUCUUGACUACUACCUGUGGUUGGACCAUACGUGCGAUGGAUUUCAUGAUGGGUGGCGCCAAUCCUUGGCUACAGAGCAUGGGGUAACUAUUGAGGGUGUAGAGAAAGGAGAUUGUUCAGACAUCCUGGUUUUUCUAAAUUGGACUGGAUAUCACAAGGAAAAAUGCAAGGACCAUGAUAUUUGUGGCGCAAUACAAGGCUCAGGUGGAGGAGAAGAUAUGGAGAUAUUACUCAACACAAUCGAUGCUUGUGUCAAAUCAUCCAUGGACGAAAAGAGCACUGCAUCAUCUAUUUCUGUUGCACAAAUGACAGUUGUAUCUGUCGACACAGAUGUGAAUUCCAGUCAAUUUCCGACAUUCCCAUUGCCAUUCAAUAUGAAUUGUCGCAGAAUUUCUGUCAGCACACUCGGUAGUAGAGCACGUCAAAUCAUCGUUGGUGGCUUUGGUAAAUGGUUACCUAGCCAUGUCGCAAUGAGAUUUCGAGAAAUACAAGGACUUGAUCAUAACGAUCCAUUGGACAAUCUUGUGGCUAAUGGGUUACUCGUUACUGCAAAAAGUUCGGAAGAAUACUUGGAGAUAUUUGGUAUGGCAGAGAUGAUGGCCACAUGCCAGGAAUUAUCAGCAGAUCGUGGUGCAAUGUCACGAUUCUUUACUGCUGCUGGUCGCGCACUCUAUGUAUCUCGCACUGGCAAGGAAUGUGUGGUGGAAUAUGGUCAGACCGUUCAGUCGAUUGAUGAACUGAGCAGUAGUGCAAUUGACACUCGUGCCUUUACAACAGUCACAAUUGGGGUACAAUGUGACUCCAUUGUAGAAUGCAAAGUCCAGUUACCUCCCAGCCGCACCAUGUUGGAUCGCGAAAUACAGACUGAUAUUGUAACUGAAGAUAACGAUGGAGUGGAUGAGCCCGUUUUUAAGUCAAAUUCACUUAAGCCCGAAGAAUACUUACAGGAAGAAUGUCAUGAUUACGAUGAAUAUAUACCAUCAUUUGGCGCAGAUGAUGAUAAUUCUUGCGAUGUAUCUCAGAGUACAUCAAUUCGCAUCGAAGCAUCAUUCACGUGUAAUCCAGAUGUCUCUGAUGCGUCCAGCUCUGAACAUCAUGCAUCUCAAAUUAACGACACACUCGAGACAUCACACACAUUAAAGUCCAGGCUACGCCAAGAUAUGCAAGAUGUCUUACCAAAGGUACCUGUCAAAGCUGUUGAGCGACAUGGAUCCACAAAACCAGGACGGCCUGUCGUAUUUUCUACUAAGAGGCCCGUAGCUGCAAGGAAUACCUCUCGAUCUUCCAAGACGGUAAAAGCACCACAGUACACCCUUCAAGAUCUUGUUAGUGAGGCCCAAGCAGGUGCACGCCAUAUCUCGUCGUUCCUCAUGGAUCCUGAAGGAAUGGUGUUCCUAAGAUCUACUCUAGAUGGUAAUUAUGAUGCCUGGUUAUGCAUCAUUCGACACAUUGCAUCUCUACUGCGUAAUGAAUCCAUGACCCGUGCGAUGAGGAAAAUGGCGGCGUCACUUAUGUCGAUUGACAUCUGGUUAAAGGAUAUUUCUACUGAAUGCCAGAAGGCAUUCAAGGAUGACCCAAAAGAUCAAGUUCUUCCGCCAUUGGCCCAUUGUGUCAUUGAGGAACUUUCUGCCCGUGCUAUAUUGAACGAGCAAUCUGUUCGUUCCACAUUGCUCAAUAUUUGGACGAAGGAAAAUGUCAAACAUGUGACAGAAGUGCUUCGAUAUUUGUUACAUAUUUACAAGCGUGAUGAAGAAGAUUCGUAUUCCCCAGGACUUCGAAUCCUAGCAUCAGUCAUGACUGAGCGUACGGGCACUGUUCCAGUCUAA